GUGCGCCGGGCUGACGCGCCGCGUGUGGAGCUGCAGCAAGUUGACUGACAUUCACACACACGCACAGAGAAAAAACAUAAAGUCGCGUCGACAGGGGACAGAAGCGGAGGAUUUUAACCCAGGUUCGAAGAGGGGGACACCUGCUCCGGCAAAAUGAAGUUCGCGGAGCAUCUUUCCUCCCACAUCACUCCCGAGUGGAGGAAACAAUAUCUCCAGUAUGAGGCGUUCAAGGAAAUGCUGUAUGCUGCCCAAGACCAAGCUCCUUCCAUAGAAGUCACAGAUGAAGACACGGUGAAGAGAUACUACGCCAAGUUUGAGGAGAGGUUUUUCCAGAACUGCGAGAAGGAGCUGCUGAAAAUCAACACAUUCUAUUCAGAAAAGCUCGCUGAAGCCCAGAGGCGUUCGGCCACGCUGCAGAAUGAGCUCCAGUCGUCACUGGACGCUCAGCGCGAGAGCAACGCACCGCCCGGCCUCCGCAAGCGCAAGACCAUGUUCCACCUGUCGCAGGAGGAGCGCUGCAAACACCACAACAUCAGGGACCUGAAGCUAGCCUUCAGCGAGUUCUACCUCAGCCUCAUCCUGCUGCAGAACUACCAGAACCUGAACUUCACUGGUUUCCGUAAGAUCCUGAAGAAGCAUGACAAGGUCCUGGACACUCCUCGCGGCGCAGACUGGCGCGUGGUUCAUGUGGAGGUGGCGCCUUUCUACACCUGCAAAAAGAUCACACAGCUCAUUUCUGAGACAGAGACUCUUGUCACCACAGAGCUGGAGGGAGGAGAUCGUCAGAGGGCCAUGAAGAGACUGAGAGUUCCUCCACUGGGGGCAGCUCAGCCUGCUUUGGCGUGGACAACCUUCCGUGUGGGUCUCUAUUGCGGCUUCUUCAUCAUUCUUGCCAUCGCCUUUAUUCUCACCGGUGCUGUGUUCAUCCGCUAUGAGAACGUGUGGCCUCUGGUGCGGAUCUAUCGGGGCGGUUUCCUGUUGAUCCAGUUCCUCUUCCUGUUGGGCAUCAACACUUACGGAUGGAGGCAGGCCGGAGUCAACCAUGUUCUCAUCUUCGAGAUCAAUCCCCGCAACAACCUGUCACACCAACACCUGUUUGAGAUCGCUGGGUUCAUGGGUGUGUUCUGGUGUCUCAGCAUCCUUUCCUGUCUCUACUCAGAGUACACCUACCUCCCCAUGCAGAUCAACCCUCUCAUCCUUUAUGGCUUCAUGCUGCUUUUCCUCAUCAACCCGUUCAAGACCGGCUACUACAAAUCCCGUUUCUGGCUCCUCAAGCUGCUGUUCCGAGUGUUCACGGCGCCGUUUCACCGCGUGGAGUUUGCCGACUUCUGGUUGGCUGAUCAGCUGAACUCUCUGGUGUUUGUCCUGAUGGACCUGGAGUAUCUCGUCUGCUUCUACAUCUUUGAGCUGCAGUGGAGCAACAGCAAGGGUCUGCUGCCCUCGUCGAAAGAUCCUAGUGGCAGUAUGUGCCACAGCUACUCGUACGGACUGCGUGCCAUCAUCCAGUGCCUGCCCGCCUGGUUCCGCUUCAUCCAGUGUCUGCGGCGCUACCGUGACACAAAGAGGGCCUUCCCUCACCUGGUGAAUGCUGGGAAAUAUUCGACCACCUUCUUCGUCGUCACCUUUGCCGCGCUCUACGCCACACACAGAGAACAAGGACACACCGACGCCGACAUGUUCUUCUACCUGCUGAUCGUCUUCUCCUCCAUCAGCUCCCUCUACACACUGAUCUGGGAUCUGAGGAUGGACUGGGGUCUGUUCGACCGCGGCGCCGGAGAGAACACCUUCCUCAGGGAGGAAAUCGUUUACCCCCAUAAGGCCUACUACUACUGUGCCAUCAUAGAAGACGUGAUCCUGCGGUUUGCCUGGACGAUCCAGAUCUCUCUGACCACAACGACUAAGAUCCACUCUGUGGGCGACAUCGUAGCCACCGUGCUCGCUCCCCUCGAGGUCUUCAGGCGUUUCGUGUGGAACUUCUUCCGUCUGGAGAACGAGCACCUGAACAACUGUGGUGAGUUCCGUGCGGUGAGGGACAUCUCGGUGGCGCCGCUCAACGCCGACGACCAGACGCUGCUGGAGCAGAUGAUGGACAACGAGGACGGCGUCCGGAACCGCUCGGGCAAGAAGACCUGGAAGAGGUCCUACAGCCUGUCCCUCCGACGCCCCCUACUGUCCUCCUCACUAUCAAAAAAGGACACAAAGGUGCUGAUCGAAGACACGGAUGAUGAGGCCUUCAGCUGAGCCCACAACGUCAACACAGACACACACACACACACUCCCACUCAGACAUAGUAUACUUAUACGGACCUCGUUCACUAACAUCCAACCUCAGCCCCCCUCUCUUAUAGUUCUCUCUAUGUGUAGUGACCCCGCCCCUCCUCAGCUCAAACCUUUCAAAUCAGGACUCUCAGUUUACCUCAUCUCUAGUUGUUUGUGAGUACAUUUGGUCUUUAUAAGUAUAGGAACACACACUCUGUAAUGUAGAAACUCACACACACACACACACUUAUUUAAACCUGCUGAAGCACAAACACAGAGUAGUAUUGCUACAGUCGAGAGUAGAGCUGACGCCACAGAGACAGACGGGUGGACAGACAUCAUGCACGUAUCUAGACCACACUGCCCUGAGAUUAUUCUCUUCUUUUCUAAUGGACUUUCUAGUAUGUCGCUGUUGUUUCUUUAGGUUUUCCUCCAUUUAUUUUUUCCCCCUGGAUUUAAAAAAGGAGACCCUGCACACGUGAGGCUCCACACGACUGUUUACACGUCUUUCUAACUCCACUCGGAUCAACAGGGAGAAGACGAGGCCGAUUGAAAGACUAAACAUGAAUCAGUAGAAAACCCAGAGGAAGGACUCUACACACGUCGCGGAAUAUCAAAAAACAAAUCAACUGGUUUCCACUCGUUGAUUCUUUUUAUAUCCAUCUUCUUUCUUCUUUUUCUUUGCCGAGUUGUAGAAACGUCAGUGUACAAUCACAGUCCUUGCAGAGGCACUUGCAGGAAAAGUGCAUUUUAUUACACAAAGCAUGAAAAAAAACCUACUUGUACACAAAAGGGAUGUUUUUGACUCAAACAUUUCUAGUCUGUGAUGUUGCUUUGUAAAAAUAUUUAAUAUAUUUGAUGUGCGUUGUUAAUCUAUUACGGUUCUUCAGUCCUUCUACAUGUGUUGUUUAUACUAGUGAGACUAGUUUAAUGAUCCACACGAUGAUUGUUAAUGUAUUUUAUAACGUUUGGAAAUGUUUUUCUCUUGGUUAUACUUGUGCCAAAUUUUUAAUAAGCUCGUUGUCCGUCCUCGAUUUUAUGCCCAACUUCAAAUUAGAGCAAAAAUGACUCAUGAAUGGUCCCAGCUCUGGUUUCAGGUCACCUCAAAGUGCCCUGUGAGCUACCGUCUGUUGUGUGUGCAUUGAGAUUCUCUGCAUUAACUACCAAAGCUUUGUUUUUAAUGAAUGUGUCUGUGGCUCGAGGAGCUUUUUUCUAUUCCACCUGCUUGAGUGGGUCAGAGGUAACAGGCCCGGAGGCUUAUUUAAAUGAUUGCAGCUUUUCUCUUAUUCUCUUAAGGUGCAUGUGUUAUUGGGCCAUAUUAGCAGGUAGCCUAUGUUUCGUAGGUGCUCCCAGUAAUAUGAGUAGAACUAGAAUUGCACUCGGUAGAAAGCAUACCUCCGCCAAGGUCCGGCAGUCCCCUGAUGAAACCACAUUUAAAUUCACUAGAUUCAGGUUUGGAAACAUGACUGAUUUCUGUUAUAAAGAUCCACUAAUUAUCCUCUGGGAAAAUAAAAAAAAGAGAAAAAAAAACCUGGAUAUGUCCCUUGAUCUGAAUCUACACCAAAAUAUAAUCGUGCCCAGCCCUCUGCAAAGUUACUGGAAAUAGGUUGAGUAGUUUUUGCAUAGUCCUGCAAACUAAGAAGACAAAGUGACCUUGCUGGAGGUAAUUACUAGUAUUACUCUCAAUGUUUGUGUAUAAUAGUGAUUUUAAGGCCCUUUAGGAAGAAAACGCUCAGUGUUGCCAGAUUGAACAGUUUCUACUCACUUUUUGUACAGUUUCAGUGGAUUUAAGCAAAUUAAUAGUCAUCAAACAUCUGAAAUGAAAAUCAAAGUACUUUGCUCCUUGGUGCUAAUCAGACCCGGCCACACUGCAUAAGCUCAUCGAGCUCAUCUCACUUAUAUCCAGUCAAUCUGUGGAAUCCCUGACACGCCUUGCAGCUCUUGUGUGGCUCUGGAAUCAGGGACCCAGAGUCUCACUUUUCACCACGUUCAUUUCAGCACUUUUUUAAACAGUAAUUUCCAGUGUGAAUUUGAUAACCAGGAAACCCCUCGUCUUAUCCUCCAGCCAGCAGCUUACAUUUGAAGAGCUGUUGCUUCAUCUUUUAAAAACAAAAAAAACGUGUUGGGGCUGCUGUGGAAAAGGCCUCCUGGCUUUCAGAGACACUCUAUAGCUCCAGUGCUGGUUCACGUGUGUCUCCCUCUCUCUUCUCACUGCACUCUCUGCUCUCCUCCUCCCUGUGGCCGCACUGAGUCAACAUCACUCGUGAGACAAAUCACAGGAAGCUCCGAAUGUGAUGCAGAAAUAUUCAAUGUUUCUCCCACUUCUGUUUUGGUUUGUUCCCGGAGCGGCUUAAAGACCAGUGAGUUUUGUGCAUGAUGAGCUAAAUGUGAACUGGAAAGCUGGAAAUUGAACCUGUUAGAAACGUAGAUGGGUAGCUUCCCAGUCUAUUUAAAUACACUGGACACAUGCCAUAACUGUAAACAACACACACACACACACACACAAACACACACACACACAUCGAGCCUCUCUCUCCUGUGUCGGAGCGCACAACCCAACAGCAGAUCGUUUUUGUAAAAAAAGGCUCUGUUGUCUUGCUUGCAUGCUGCUUUCUGUUUUACACUGUACAUAGAUCUUAAUUUAUUGGACAUGAUGUGUAUAUUAGUGAUCAUUGCAGCCCCUCUGACAAUGAUUGAUUUCGUACGUUGCCAUGUUUGCUCCUGGACAAGCAGUAUUUUCUAGGUGGCGAGGAGCGUUUUGUCGACCCCGCACUCUUUCAUGUGUAAAUCUGUUGAAAGUGUGUUUGUAUUAAUUCAUUAGUUAAUAUAGAAGGAGAACAAAAAAAAGAGAAGAGAAUCCAUAGAAAUGGAGAACGUGAUUGGUUGUAUUUAUCGGUGAUUCCUUCUUAUUUCAAGGCGUCGGGGGUUAUGGUUAUAUCCCCGUGUGCUGCAGCUGUAAUCCUGUUUGUACAUCUGUGAAUGUGCAUGAAACUAUUGUGGACCGUUGCGUCUGUUGUUGUGAGCCUCCAUGCAGACAGAAGCACGUUGAGUUAGGGUGCAGGAGCUGAACCCCCCCCCCCCCCCCUCCCAAUCCAGAGCGAGGACCCACACCACACCCGCACAACAAGAAACUGUUAAACUGAUCCCAGAUCUGCUCAAGCUUCUCGAUGAAACCAGGAACUUCAUGUGCUCGCUGGAAGCAUUUCACAAUACUUCCCAAAACAAUUUAGUGACAGGGAGACAAAUACAAUAAAAUAAAAAAACAGGCUUAUUUUGUACAGUUCUUUUCAACGAGGUGCCGAUCGUGAUAAACCUGACAUCCCAUGUUUCCCUUAUCGGCUCAGUUUAGUUUGUACUGCUUGCUGAAACCCCCCAUGACUUUAAAGUGCUCGAUAUGUGUGCAACCGACCUCCCUCCCUCUCUCCCUCUCUCCCUCUCUCCCUCCCUUCCCCCCUUCCUCCCUCCCUUCCUCUCUCCCUCUCGAUGUUGUUUGUUCCCUCGCUCUAAUCUAGCUGAACGUGAUAGUAUACCUGUAGUUUGGUAGAUGGAUGUUCCACCGAAAAAAAGAAGAUAGUAGAAGAAAAAACAUUGUGGCUAAAUGUGAUUUCAAGAGACCUAAAGAAAGGAAAAUGUCCUACAGUCCGAACCAUCCUCCCCGAGUCCCUUUUACAUGGUAGUUUGUACAUGUUGAGUGUAAAACACUGUUCUAUGAUGGUUUUCCUGAUGGUAUUUGUAUUUCUGUAAACACUUUGGUGAUCCUGUCAUAUCUGGGUUUUAUAAACCACAAUUAUUUUUAAAACUC